AUGCGUUGCAGAAGCCGUGCUUUUUCUUCUGCGUCUUCCGCAGCUGCAAGCCUCUCAAGCAGUUCUCGCGACAUUAUGGCGGUUCUGAGUCGAAUCUCUGAGCCCAUUCCUCCUGAAAUCCUCGACACAUGCCUCCAGUCUCACUUGGACGACCACGAAACUUUGUUGGUGGCAGCCCUAGUUUGCAGGGAUUGGGCUCCCGUCGCGCAACGUGUCCUACUCAAGUCGAUAAAAUUCAACCAGUCUAACAUGAUAGCCUACGACCGGGCAGUCACUCUGCUCGCAGAGCUCCUCGAAGAGAAACCAGAGCUCAUCCCGUUCAUACGUGAGGUCGAGUUCCUCUGGAGUCACAGGUGGCUCACAAUUUUCUUCGAACGGAUCGAGUUGUCUUCCGUAACGAGCUUCACGCUCAAAGAAAUGUCAUACCUCCAAAUUCCAGCAGAAGAUCUCCAGGCGGAGAGACGACUCGUGAAGCUGCCGUCGAUGACCACUGUCGAUCUCACCGGAUGCACGUUCGAAGAUGUGAGGCAGCUGACGGCUCUCCUCGGGGAAUGUGGCCUGAACGUCAAGAAGCUCAAGCUGCACCGCGUUUGCCUCCUCCGGCACCGAUAUCCUGCCUUCAAACGAGACAACCGAUUCAACCUCAUUACCGACUCGCACGGAUACCCCAUCGAAGACGAGGAGCGCUUUCCGCCGCCGAUCAAGUUGGACCCGUUCGCGGGUGAAUGUGCUAAGCUCGAGAAGCUCGAGCUUGUACGCGGGGCUUCUGUGCUGCUGGCUGCAUGGUUGAUCUGGGAUUCUUCGCCGUUCGACCUGACUGGACUUAAGACCCUACGUUACGAGGAGGACGGUCACGAACGAUAUAAUGCGAGGGACGAUGAACAGCGCUUCAGGAUUCAGAGCGACAGGGCAGCCGUGACGACGAUCCUGGAGAAAUGUGCCUCUACACUCGAGCAUCUGGAGAUGUACGCAGCGCGGAGUGUUUCGGAGGGUGAUGAGAUAGAUAUCAGCCCUAAAGCGCUCCCAAACCUCAAGACUUUGACCAUCGCCGGUCUUUGUCCAGAUUCAAUUAAGACAGCCAUUCGCUGGGUCACCUCGCUCACGUCAGAGAACCGUAUCCACCAUUUGACACUGAAAGUCUCGUUCGGAAGCUUGGCUGUUCGCAAAGACGCCACUCAGAGUUGGGCGGAUCUUGACAACGCAUUGGAUGACCUCAACCUUCCUUUCUUGCGAGGCAUCGACGUCAAGAUACCCCGGAAGCAUAACCAGUCCGACGAAGAUGUGGAGAAACGCCUGAAGAAGUACUUCCCGCGCAUAUCGGGGAGGGAGAGUUGCAAGUUGGUGGUGUUGUAG